AUGUCUGACGAUGAAGCAGACCCCGAGCUCCUGGAGCUACUCCGCCAGCAUAUGCAAGGAAAACUAAACAUAAAGGAAGAGGCAGAUACAGGUGUUCUAGACGGAGCCGAAUAUGUCUACGACCAAGGGAUUGACGUGGCCAUCGAUAUGCGGUGUACCAAAAACGCAGCAGAGACCAUAUACAGCCAGAUGCAGGAGAAGCAUUAUUCCACAGCAACUUGGUCGGAGCACGAACUGCAUCCCAAGGCCAAGGAUGAGAGCACACUAGCCUUUAUCUUCACUAUGGAUCUGCUGAACUUUUCGUUUUGGUCGGAGUUGCCGGAUGACGAGCGGUUCGCCAUUGAAUACAGGGGGAAGCGGUGGACAGGGUAUUGGAGUCUUGUUGCGGCGAUGCAGAGAGCACUGGAAGAAGAUAUUCCCAUCACUGAUCCACACUAUUGGCAAAAUGAAGAAGAGUGCAACCUGGACUCCCUUCGACACAUAUUCAGAUCGUCCACGGACGAAGAAAUGCCCUUACUACAAGAGCGCCUAGACUGCCUCCGAGAAAGCGGCAGAGUUUUAUACGAACGAUACAGCUGCAGCAUCACAAAUCUCAUAGACGCCGCCGACGGCUCAGCAGCCGAGCUGGUCAACCUCCUCGCUCGAGACUUUUCAUGUUUCCGCGACGAGCACCACUUUGAAGGCAGAAGCCGGCCCGUGAGAUUCUUGAAACGAGCUCAGAUCAUGGUCGCGGACAUAUGGGCAUGUUUUGAGGGCCAAUCCUACGGCGAGUUUUGGGACAUUGACAAGAUCACCAUGUUUGCGGACUACCGCAUCCCCCAGAUCCUCAUCACCCUCGGCGCAUUAUACUGCAGUCCCCCUGUGGCGGUGGCAAUCAAGGAUAAGAAGAUGUUUAAGAGCGGAGACCGCUGGGAGAUGCAGCUACGAGCUUGCAGCAUAUGGUGUGUAGAGUUAAUACGGCGGGAGAUUGUUCGAGCGCACCCAGACACACACGUUAAUGCCAUUCUCAUCGAUUUCUUCCUUUACGACCGCAUGAAAGAACUAGAGGCUGCUGGCAAGGAACCCUUCCCUCACCACCGAACCAGGAGCAUAUGGUACUGA